AUGCCGCGCCUUCCCUCUUUCUUCGCGCUUCCUCUGUUUAUUACCUUCCAGUUUGCCCUUACCGCCUCGGAGCCCUGCUCCGACUGUGCCUCGCCGGCCCGUGGCUCUGAGCUCCUGCAGCGCUCCUCCUCGAAACCGCUGAAGACGGAGGGGCCCCCUCCCACAGCUCUGCUGAGCUACGAGGAGUUGGAGGGCCUGGUGGAGAAGUCUUGGGCCCGGGCUCGGGAGCUCGGGAAGCGCAGCAAGCUGGUGAUCGAGAGGAACUUCAAGUCCUUCGAUUCCUCGCAUUACAAGAGCUUCAAGAAAGAGCUCAGCUGCAUGGAGAACGUGGAGGGGGGCUUCGACCACUUCGUGGCCCGGUCUUCGCUGGAUCAGGAGCUCACGCCGCUGGAGCUUCAGAAUUUUCGUGCGCGGGUCAUCGAGGAGAUGGAGAUCCUGUGCAAGCACGAUGCUGCCGACGGGCACGUCGAUUACAUGCAAGACUUUAUGCAAGCUUUGGAGGACGAGCGCCCUCUCUUGACCCAAAGGCUGGAGGAGAGCUUGCAAGGACUGUACCAUGAGGUGAGCUUCGAGUUUGCCGAGUGGUUGGCCAACUUCUCCACCAUCGACCUCCAGCACCGUACCGGCAGCCAACCGCCUCACGAGAACCGGACGCUUCUGCUGGAGACGAGCCGGAGCAUCGUGGAGCGCAUGAAGAAGCGCACUCUGCCCGCCAACUUCGACGCCCGCAACCAUUGGCCCGAGUGCAGCGAGAUCAUCGGCCGGAUCCACAACCAAGGUCAGUGCGGAAGCUGUUGGGCUUUUGGAGCAUUAUCAGCCGUGGACAGCCGUCUCUGCAUCGCCACUAACGGUGCCCUGGACAGAAAGACUCCUGCCCAGCGAAAGCAGGGAGAUACAGGGAAACCCACACUGGCAUUCCAUAGGUUGUCCGGGCAGAAGAGGCAGAAGGAGUCGCAAGGGAGAGGAGAAGAAGGCAAGAGAGGACAGAAGCGAGAGAGAGAGAGAGCUUCGAUGAUCUCAUGUGGCGUCCCUUGUCUUCUGUAUCGUAGUUGGAGAAGCCAUGUUGACCUCCGUAGUUUGAGAAGCUCAUGUGCAGUGAAAUGUAUAGAGCCGCAAUCACACUAG